AUGCCUGUGCCAAACCAGGAUAUGACAGUUGUUAUCCUUUCGUUUGACACCACAUUAGUGAUUGAUACAGAAUUUGGGACAGAAUCAGCUUUUGGAUUCCUUUCUACACCUUUCUUACCAAUAUCGUUACUCAUGAUGGCAUUGCUAAUAAUAACAAGUCCUGUUGUUCAAACAGCUGUUCCUGUUGUUGUUCCUGUUGUUGUUCCUGUUAUUGUUCCGACACCUGUUCCGACAACACAAACAGCCACACAAACAGCCACACAAACAACAAUAGUACCAUGUGUUCCAACUAGUUGCCCUGAAGGAUACAUCAUUUCAAAUGACUUAACAGCUAGUACUAAUUGUUACUUCUUCAGUGGAGAUGAUGAGCAAAGCUGGUCUAAUGCGUUAAAUAUAUGUAGGAUGAAAGGUGCGUACCUAUGGGCGCCAAAUACCUUGGCAGAAGCUAAUGCUGUUAGAAGUACGACGGGUUUCGGACAAGACGUAAGUAUAUGGAUAGGUGCUUAUAGUCCUACCAGUGACGAAAAUUUUGUAUUUGUCGUUGAUGGUGGUGCUUUUACAUUGGAUACUCUUCCAUUUGGAGAGAGUGAUCCAAUAGACAACGACGACUGUGUGGAAUUUGAAUUUGCACCCAAUAAUAACUGGAACUGGGAUGAUGAUCCUUGUGAUAGAGCCCAACGAUAUAUGUGCGAGUUUCCAAGGGCUGAAACUUGUACGUAGAAGUAUAUAUGGUCGUCGUUAAAUUCUAAUGGAUGGAUAUUUCUUAUCCUUGGCGCAAAAAAAAUAUAAUCAUAUUUUUGUGUUGUUUAAUUUAUUGUUUUGGCCUUGAUCGAUCAAUAGCAGUUAUUCUUCGGCUCUCUCAUAGUGGAGCGGCGGAGAGGACAAUUUCAGAAAUUUGAAUUACCUAAAUACCUCAUGGAUUUUUAAUAGCUCAUUGGAAAGCUGAAAUCAUGUACUUUUUGAAAAUAUGUGUCGUCAAUAUGAAAGCUGGUACCAUUAUGCCGAAAAUCAAGGUCAAAGGUCAUCACUUAAAAUAUUCAUAUUCUCAU